AUGUUUCAUCGGACGAAAGACCGGCGGUGCCCUCAGCUCACAUGGAAUGGCCCACUUCGUUAUCUUUACCUGUUUCAUGCAUUUCUGGUCUGGUUGACACCCACUGUUCAUGCCAUUUCCUUUCCAUGGGGCCUGGCGCCACGUGCCUCUGGCUCUGUCGUUCCUUCCACAAGUAGCGGCACAGCGACCUCUACGCAAACGAUAGCAUUUUCCUCAGCCGUCGUCGUCGAGUCUCGCGUAUCCGCCCAGAUGUCCCAGCUCGCGAGUGUUCCCCCAAUUCCUCUUCCCACGACCAUAGACAACUAUGAGACUUGGACUCAAGUCGCAAGCUUGAUGCCUCCCUUGCAAACCAACAAUGUCAAGGAAGACACCUUGGACAUGGUGGCGGCGGUGAGGGAUGCGAUCAAGACAGAUUCCAACUCGGGCACGACCAUCCAGGGUCUCGUCGGUCGUGAAGCCCCUUUGAGAGUCCUCAUUGUCGGUGACUCGAUGACGCAGGGCCAAGAGGGAGAUUAUACCUGGCGGUAUCGGAUCUGGCAGUGGUUUGAGGCGCAGGGAGUCGCGGUGGACUUUGUGGGGCCGUACACGGGCACCGUGCAGCCCGAUCCUCCCGCUGCGCCGGCGUUGCCCCCGCUCUAUGGCCAAAAGGCCAUGCCGGGAGAGCCGAAGACGAGCGGUGGGUACGCAGCAGGGGUCUCGACCGGCUUCGAUCGUGAUCAUUUUGCUGUCUGGGGCCGUGCCGCGGCGGUGGACAAGGGCUUAAUUCACGAUGUUCUCAGUAGCCAUCCAGCCGAUCUGAUGCUGCUGAUGCUGGGCUUCAACGACAUGGGCUGGUUCUACAGCGAUGCGCCUGGCACGCUAGACAGUAUUCAUACACUGGUGAGCAACGCUCGCGCCGUCAAUCCCAACCUCAAAUUCGCCAUCGCCAAUGUACCCCAGCGGAGCUUUAUCGGUGGCCGGGAUGAUCUACCAAUCAGUACUAAUAUCUACAACUCGCUGUUGCGGGGUGCUAUCCCAGGGUGGAGCACCGUGGAUUCGCCCAUCCAUCUUGUGGAACUGCAGGAAAACUACGACUGCGAGCCUAGCGGAUGUCCCGCUGGCUACGACGGACUGCACCCUACCGUGAUGGGGGAGUUUCAGAUUGCUCGUGCAUUCAGUCUCACUCUAGUCAACGACUUUAGUAUUGGCAGCUCUCCAUUGUCUAUCCCAGCUAGCGUCUCGGGAAGGUCUUUGCCGGUGCCCGCCAACUUUCGUGUAUUUAGCAGCGCGACAGGGGUCACAGCAACAUGGGAUCCCGUCUAUGGAGCAUAUAGCUAUGAUGUCUCGUCGCGUAUCCAGGGAGGUAUUACCGACUUCUCUGCCGGGAGCGUCAACUCAGCUCGCUGGGACUCAACCUGGCCCAUUGACGGCUGGGUCUAUGAAGUCAAAGUCCGCGCCAGCGCCGGAGACAAUAUCAAGGGAGAAUGGACAUCAGUUCUAUCCGCAACAGCCCAUCCGCAGACAGCAGCCGCACCUCGGAAUGUAGUUGUCAAAGCCACUGCUACCGGGUUCGACAUUUCCUGGGACCCUCCAACGGGUGCCUAUACCGACUCUAUUCGAGAGUACAACGUGUUAUACUGGGAUAAAUCACAAGACUGCACAUUCAUCACAGGCGGCGCGUUUACGGGAACAUCUGGACACAUCGAUAAUCUCACACCGGGCCACUAUUAUUUUGUGGCUAUUGUGACGUGGAACGCAGCAGGGGAGGGAUUCCCCGGUAUAGUUACGGGCCUCGUUCCUGGCGCAGGUACUCCCCCACCGCCAACAGAUCUGACCAUUGUUGCCAACGACCCGACCACCAUUCACAUGACCUGGGGCAAGUCGGCCAAUGCGGCGGGCUACCGGCUCUGGAACCGUAACGUGCACGCUGCAGGCAGUGUACUUACGGCUCUGAAUGCAACAGUAGAGACCACUUGCAGCGACCAGUACUAUCUUUUCCCAGGUACCUGGAACUACGAAUGGUGUGUCAGUGCGUUCAAUGGAGACUUGGAAUCCCCAAAGGGUAGUUGUGUUGUGGCCCCUUCUCCAGCUGCCGGUGGGGGAGCUAUUCAAACCUGUCCUGCUCCAGCUCCAUGGUGUCCCAAUAGGAGCAGCAGUGGCAGCAGUGGCAGCGGCGGUGGAGGAGGAAGCGGGACUGGAGUUACU